CCCUCUCUCCAUCCCCCCCACCCUGGUCUCAGGCAGACAGGGCUCACUCCCCUCUCCCCCCAGUGCUGACCCUGUGCCCUGGGUCUGACGCAGACUCAGCCCCGCACAGCCUUGGGGAGAAGUCCGCCCAGGGGCCACAGGAAGGCUCCCGGCCCGGGUUCUGUUUGUUCUUCUUGGUGAAGUUCAGAAAGCCUGUGACACAGAUGGACACAGGAGGUGGCCCCAUUGUCCCCUAAGCAAUGCCAAGCAUGGAACAGCAGGUCCUGGGGUGAGGAACAGGCAGGCUCUGGAGGGCUCUCUUUGGGGUUCCCCAGAAAGCGGUGCUCUACUGGGACCUGUCCACUGUUCCUUCCAGGCUCGUCCCAGGCUCUGCCCCCAGCUGAAGCAUGAACGGCCUCGAGGCCGCUUCCCCAGGUCUGAUGGCCAACCUUUCCCCGGCGGCUGCAGAUCAGUGUGGCCAGGAGACGUGGCUGGAGAACGUCCUCUUUGCCUCCUUCUACCUCCUGAACUUCCUCCUGGCUUUCGUCGGCAAUGCCCUGGCCCUGUGGCUUUUCAUCCGGGACCACAGGUCAGGCACCCCGGCCAAUGUGUUCCUGAUGCACCUGGCGAUGGCCGACCUGUCCUCCGUGCUGGUCCUGCCCACACGCCUCGUCUACCACUUCUCGGGGAGCCACUGGCCUUUUGGGGAAAUCCCGUGCCGCCUCACGGGCUUCCUCUUUUACCUCAACAUGUACGCCAGCAUCUACUUCCUCACCUGCAUCAGCGCCGACCGCUUCCUGGCUGUCGUGUACCCCGUCAAGUCCCUCAGGCUCCGCAGGCCCCUCUACGCACACCUGGCCUGCGCCUUCCUCUGGGUGGUGGUGGCCGUGGCCAUGGCCCCACUGCUGGUGAGCCCACAAACCGUGCAGACCAACCACACGGUCAUCUGCCUACAGCUGUACCGGGAGAAGGCCUCCCCGCAUGCGCCGGUGUCCCUGGCUGUGGCCUUCACCUUCCCGUUUGUCACCACAGUUACCUGCUACCUGCUGAUCAUCCACAGCCUGCGGCGAGGCCCCCGCAUGGAGCAGCGCCUCAAGAGCAAAGCGGUCCGCACCAUCGCCCUGGUGCUCACCAUCUUCCUGGUCUGCUUCGUGCCCUACCACGCCCACCGCUUCUUCUACCUGCUGCGCUCCCGGGGCCCGGCCUCCUGCGCGGCCCGGCGCGCCCUGGCGCUGGGGAACCGCGUCACCUCCUGCCUCACCAGCCUCAACGGGGCGCUCGAUCCCAUCAUGUACUUUUUUGUGGCCGAGAAGUUCCGCAACACCCUGUGCGGCCUGCUCCGCUGCAAACAGCUCUCAGGCCCGCCGCCCAGCCUCGAGGGGAAAACCAAUGACAGCUCGCUGAGCGCCAGGUCAGAGCUGUGAGCCCGACCCGCCUCUGCACUCUCAGGACAGCUCCCCCAGGGUGCUGAGGCUUCUCCCAGGCUCACGGAGAAGCCCACCUC